AUGCCGUCGACCAGGACCGCAGUCGAGCAGUUUACUGCUGACGCCAAAGCAUCAGUCUCGCAGGAAUGCUACGCACUAGAAAAGUCCCUCUCAACCGUCGCAAUGCUCCCAAAUCUGGCCGCCCAAGGCAUCAACCGUGGGCUCGUCAAUGCCAUCGAAGCCUCGAUCAGCCAGGUUGGAUAUGGGCUCGUCGUGGUCCUGACAGGAUUAAUCUCGUCACUGGAACUUAUUAUGGGCCUCCUUACGGGUACUUGGCGCUGCUUUCUAGUCAAUUUGGCGGAUUCAGGAAUUCCUUUGCUCUCGGAUGUGGGCGCUGAGGGCGUUCAGGCGAUUGACGAAUUGAACGGCGCUGUACUUGGACUAUUGGCUGUGCCGUUCAAUGGACUUGGCGAACUUAUUGAGAGCAAGAUGGCGGAUCCACAGAUCGGGAAUUUGGUUGCCAUUCCUGUUAUGGCAACGCCAAAGAUAGUCUUUUGCGAGGAGGCUCUGGACUUGAUUGCUGUCGACAAGUUGGCGAGCGACUUUAGGCAGUGGAUUUAUUAUGGGACGAUGGCGCUUUUAGCGGCGGCGUUGGCGGUGAUGUUGGGCAAUAUGGUGGUGAUUUGGUAUCAUCAUAGGAGGUGGUUGACCCAUGUUGGACGAGUGCAGCAACUGCUUCCAGGGAUCGCGACCGAGUCAUCAGGAGGACGAGCAAAAGUGACACCAGCACACUUGUCGGAAAAGCAGCAGGAGGCGGACAUGGACCCAGUCGACAAGGACGAAGACCCCGAGCAGAAAAAACUGGAAGCGAUGCGAAUCAGUCACAUGGUCCAACACCCGCUUCUCUACCGAUUCUUGGACUGGUCAUCUAAACAGCUUUUCAGGACAGAUGAGACCAAGCAAAAUAUCUACCUGUGGUUUAUCCACUACGUGACCCACCCACCAGCCAUCGUCUGUCUCUUUAUUGGACUCCUCGGAUUGAUCUUGACGUUUGGCCAGAUCGCGUUUAUCGAACACAUGCGCCAGAACUACCGCACAAUCCUUGCGCCCGCGAUCACGGACCUCUCAACGACGAUUUUCAACUCUGUCCAGGGCGUGAUGCAGACAGCCUCGGUGGCGUUCUCGACAGAGACCAAUUCCGCGCUUUCGGUAGUCGAGAAUGACUUGAACGAAGCCGUGUUUUCAGAGAUCAUCCGAGCGGCUGCAGAUUUGAACAACGCGCUGGUCCAGGUGCAGACGACACUGGCAGACGGAGUCCGGGCGGCGUUUGGAGAUUCUAUUUUCGCAAAGUUUGUGGGCGCAGUGUUGCAGUGUCUGUUGUUCAACAAGAUGGAGGUUGUUGAGAGGGGUCUGAGUUGGGUGCGGGAGAAUGCUCACAUCCAGUUACCAAGGAUCACGGAGGAUAUGCUAAUGAUGGGCAGGACACAGUUGGAUUCCUUGGUUGCCGAGGCUGUUGAUACUCUCAUGGACCCGUCUUCUUCGACCAGGAUGCAAAAGGUUGAGAAUGCGAUUAGUGGGGUGUUUACGCAGUAUGAAAACGCAUUGCGACGAGAGUUACCCUUGUACUAUGGUCUUGCUGGGGUGUGGUUGAUUGUUCUGGUGAUGGGUCUUGCAGGGGUGGCCAGGGCCGCAGGAGCUAUCCCAUUUUUGCAUGACCCGAACCCGACUUGCAAGGUGUGCUUGUCAACGCUGGAGCCUGAGGGUGUCAAGAACAUCAAGCGCAACACCAGUGCUAUGGUCCACUUUAUGCACGAGGACGGUCGCGAGAGGAAUAUUCUGAUUGACUGUGGAAAGAGCUUCUAUGAGUCAGCAAGGCAAUGGUACAGAUUGCACAACCUCCGCUGCAUCGAUGCCUUGGUGAUCACGCACGCCCACGCGGAUGCAUACUACGGAAUGGAUGACCUUCGGUCAUGGUGCCUGAUCGACAAGGAGAACCCAUACAGCAUCCCCGUCUAUCUUGAUCAGGGCACUAUGGACACUUUGGCGCAAACUUUCCCCUACAUGGUUGACUCUUCCAAGGCUACAGGAGGCGGUGAUAUUCCUUCGUUCACGUACAAUAUUAUUGAGCAUGACAAGGACUUUGUGGUUGAGGGCGUGACCUUUACCCCAUUACCAGUUCACCAUGGCAAAUUUAUGUCGACGGGUGAGCCAUUUUGGUCGCUCGGCUUCCGUUUCAGAGACCUCAGCUGGGUCUCGGAUUGCUCCUCUAUACCCGAAAGCACUACUGCCAAGAUUACAGGAUCAAAAGUGUUAGUUAUCGACGGAUUAAAAGAAAAAACACAUCCCUCCCACUUCAGUAUCCCCGAGGCGAUUGAGUACACCAAUAGUCUGGACCCGAAACCCGAGCGUGCUUUCAUUGUCGGAUUCUGCCAUACCGUCGACCAUUAUACCGAGGAUGCCAAGGUGCGGGCUUUGGACAGUGAGAGUCACCCCAAGAUCAGGAUCGCGUACGAUGGUCAAAGGAUUAGCAUUUAG